CUAGAGAGGAUGCCGACAUCUUGCUGGGUCGGGCUCCCGGUCUAGAAAAGGCCUGAGCUGUCGUCGCUUCCUCUUCCUGCCUUGUCUCGCUGCUGCUUGGAAGCGGGGAGGCUGGAUGCCCGAGCUCCGCCCGUCGCCUCCGCCCUCCGGCCCUCCCAGGUCGGAUCCUGUCGUCGCACGGCUGGUGCAAGGAGGAGCCGGAGAGCAGCGGCGCGGGAAUGAGGCCUCCCCGCCAGCCGGAGAAGGCACCACCAGCUGGGAUCCAGCCGCCCCCAUGAACCACCAACCUCGGUACCGCCUGCGGGAGCGGAGGUCGCCCGGGGACCGGCGCUCCGAGAGUUUAGACAGUGAGGACAGCCAGACGAACAGGGAUGGGCCCUGCUACUUGGAGCCUUGGAUUGUGAAUCUUUUGCUGGAGUACAAAGAGUCUGAAGUCAGAGAAGAUGGGCAACUGGGACACAUCCUGAAGGUUUUGAAUGAUGCAAGAGCUCUACAUCAUGAUGGGGAGUGUCCAGCAGCUGUUCUGCGUGUGGCAGAUGGACGCUACUAUAUCCAAGUGGUUAUUACAGCCACAGCGGCUCGGAUGACAAAAAGCUCUCUACCACAAUCUGGAUUUUCUAGUACCCUUGGCCAGUUCAUCAUCCUGCAGAACUAUAGGGUGUGUUUUAAAGAAGCAGCUAAAGUGGACGACUGUGAAUUCUACCUUGUCCUUGAUCGUUUCCGUGUGAUGCCCAUGAAGAGGCAAGAAAUGAGGCAGCGGGAUUGCAAUCGGGAACCAUCAGUGCUUCAGAAGAUAAGGGAACUCUGGCAGAGAAGCUUUGCCCUGCAGCCCUCUUAUAACUCAGGAUCAUCUGUUUCUGAAGUACUGAGAGAGAUAAAGGAGGACCAACUCAGUACCUUGAAAGAAAAUGUUGAAGCUUGCCUCCACUUAUUGAAUUCCGAGCAGCUGGCUGAAUAUCCAGAUACCAAAUGGCAGGUGGAACGCAGGCAAGAUAAGAUGCGCCAAGACACCUUUACAGUCCCAGCCAAAUUUCUGGUCAUUGGUGCAGAAAAUGAGGCAGCACUUUGCAGGUCUUACCCACCAAAGCCUUCUGAAGCUGUUUGCAAUACUGGUGAAAUUAGUCAAGAAGAUGACCGUAGUACCAUAUCCUUUUUCAGUGCGGAAUCUGAAAGUCUAGAUGGCUCUUUGGAAAACCCUUGGGAUGUAUUUCCAGGAAUUAGUCUGACCUCCUCCAGCGAAACAUGUGACCUGGCAGUCAGUCUUCCUCACACACAGCAGAUGCUUUUGGCUCGUACUGCUGAGGAAGAGGAGGCUGUACACUCCAACAGCUGCACCCCAGAAGCCCUGGAGCCUUGCAAUAAUACCUUGCAGUGUAGUUCUGCCCAGGCUGAGCCAAUGGAGCUGGAAUCCCCAUCACUACUUCCGACUCACAGUAAAGAAUCUCUCAAGAAGCCUGGCAGUCAAGAAACUGAACCCGCUGCACGUCAAUCCAGUAAAACUCCAAAUAUUGAUGAGAGUCUUCCCUGUGGCCAGCCACUGAUGAAUUCACAUUCCCACAGCAGCAUGUGCCUCUUCUCAUCUGUCCAGCCCACCAUUAGGACUGACUGCUCUCUUGGGCCCUUAUUUGAAAAUGCAGAGGAAGAUGAUCUGGCCCAGUUGCAGAGGAAUAAAGCGAUGGCGAGAGGAACUGGGGAGAAAUCCUUGGACAGGGGCAGCAAAUGUGUAGCUAAAAGGAAAAGGACACCGGAUAGGGAGAAACCUGAGGAUAUGUUUAGGAGUCCAACCUGCGUUGGUCAGAAAGAUCUAAGGCAGCCUUCCACAUUAGUUUUUCCAGAAUCCAAUAAGCUAGAUAGGAAGCUGGUACCUCAGAAGCCUUCCUUCAAAUUUAUGAGCACCCCCAAGAAGAGCCGGAUACACGAUAUUCAAGUUCAAGCUCAUUGGAUAGCUACCCCAGCCAGAUGCUCAAAGAGACUCCUAGAAACUAGGACAAAGCAGGCAGCAGUAGGAGUUGCUACUAAAAGAUCUGCUGACUCAUCCGGUGGCUGGCAUGGAGAAGAGCAGCAGGAACGUGUGAGAGGAGCUGGUUCCCAUUUUACAUACAAACCACCAACACCGGAACUCUGCUCCCAAGUGCGCUCUGCAAGAAUCUCAAGAGCACUGCUGGGAUGGGCACGCUGGGUUUUCAACAAUGUGCAGAAGCAAUAAGUCUCAAGUCCCUUGUGCAUCUCAGGUUGGAUGUAUCUAAAUGUUUUUGCCUUGUAAGAAUGUUGUGAGUCUUCCAUAUUAAAACUAAUUUUUGAUGA